GCCAAAACGGAGUAACAAUAAGUUGUAGUCAUAGAAACAAACCAUCGACCAAUAAGGUGAAGUGUAACAUUACUCACGGCUAUUUAUUCUUGUUGCGUAUUUCGUAGUACGAGACUGUCAGAGGUGCUCGAGGAAGUCGUUCGAUAGAUAAACGUCAGAAUACAGGGUAACAGAUAUGACUGCCACUAAAGCAAUUUUUCAACCACAGUGUCCUCGAAGGGUGAGACCAGACAUCACUCCCAGCCGUUCGGUUUGCAGACAGCUCUUUGGGCCUGUUGACCACGUACAAUUGCGAGCAGAUUUACUCCGCGAGAAGGAGAAACUUGGCGUGGACAACAAUCAGACGUGGAAUUUCGAUUUUGAAAAUGGUGUUCCUUUAGUAGGAAAGUACGUCUGGGAGAGACUAUUUCCUAAAGUGAAUGGAGAUAGAACAGUUUCACGUUUUACUGACCAAGUCAGUGAAAUGGAAACACCGGAACAAUUCAGUCGCGCUUCAACGGAACUUACUACUACACCUACUACUACGACAAGCUUAGGCACGUCGACAUCAGAUGGCUCGGGCUCUACACAAGAGACUGUAUCGAUGAACGGCAAAAGUCACCCACAAUCUCGCCUGAGGCAAAUCAGGAAGACUAAAUCUACAGGAAAAAUAACGGAUUUUCUGCGAUCAGCCAAAAGACAAAGAACGAGUGAAAAGGGACCACGAAGCACUAAACGAAGAUCAAUCCCGAAACAAACAAGUAUAGACUUGUUCGUUCGCAAACAAUAACUAGGCGUUUCAAUUAAGUUCCAAUGAAAUUAUGGCACAAGCAACACCAUUCCAAUUCCAUUUCAUUGUCAAGACAAGUCAGUGGACUGGCUGAUGGAAUGAAGUUUGAUUGUCUAGCAAACAGGAAUGAUUAGAGAAUCUAAGUCUAUAAAAAAUGUAAAUAAUGCAGAUAUAAGUGUUCCAACUGGGAAACAAGGAAUAGAAAAGCUACAAAACAGCCACAAAGGCUUAAAUUGUUCUAUUUCUAAUGUAAUUCACUCAGUGAAGGAUAUUUUAUCAUAUUGAUAAGUUUUUCUUCAAGGGAAAUGUUUGUCAUCAGAGGAAAAGAUGACUCUAGGGUGGACAUGCAUGGUGCAAUAGUGUUAAUCCCAUUCAAUUUGCUAUAAGUUCUGUUGAAUCCAUAACAAUUCUUUCAAGAUGUAGUUUCAUAGAGUUUUGUUGCUGUCAUUCCUAAGGAAAAGCUUGUAUCAGUGUCAGCUUUCUUCUUGACUUUGUACCCUUUCUGGGGUAACUUUUGUAAUUAUCCUUUGUACAUUCUCACAGAUCAGAGUUAAAUGUCCUGGUGGUUUCCAGUCUGUUAUGAUGUAAAUUCAUGUUCAAAGGCUUAAAAUAUUUGUCUAAAAAAACAAACAUUGCCUCUGUAAAUUAUAACUUAAUUGAAGAAAUCUGAAGAAUUGGAAUCUUUAUUAAAAAAAGCAACUUAAACCAAGGUUAUUCAA